UGCGACCACAAUAAUGUUAUUGAAAAUUGUCAAAAGGAGUAAUUUGUAACUUACACUAUUAGAUACUGUAAAUUUUGUUUUUGAUAUCAUAGAUAGUGUAUAUUUUGAGUACAAAAUCUAUAGAGCAUAUUGAAAAAUGGCAACCAUUAAAGCAUCUUACACAGUGAAACCAAAUGAAUCAACUCCAAAGGGUCGUUUGUGGCUCUCAGAUUUAGAUCAAGUUGUGCGUCUCAGCCACACACCGCUUAUUUACAUUUACAAAUCACAAAAACAGAACCAAAAAAGCAGAGCCAUCAUAGAAACCUUAAAGAACUCACUCAGCAAGAUUCUGGUUCACUACUAUCCUAUAGCUGGUCGUUAUUGUUACAAAGACGGUGGUCGAUUAGAAUUGAAUCUCAAUGCAAAAGGAGCUGUUUUGAUAGAAGCUCAAACCACUAAAACAAUUCAUGAUUAUGGUGACUUUUCACCUUCUGACUCCACCGAAGAGCUUAUUCCAAAAGUUGAUUAUAAUCAACCAAUAGAAGAAAUUCCAUUGUUUGUUGUUCAAGUUACAAUAUUUUCAAACAAAGAUGAAAGCUUUGGAUUCGCAAUUGGAAUUGCUUAUUCACAUCCUUUAUCAGAUGGAGUUGGUUGUUUUAACUUGUUGAACUCAUGGGCCAAAAUUUCAAGAGGUGAAACACUUGAAGAUAAUGAAUUACCCUUUUUAGACAGAACAAUUCUCAAAUUUUCACAUACACCAAUUGAACCGUGCUUCGAACACAUAGAAUUGAAGCCGUUGCCACUCAUUCUAGGAAGAUCUGACAAUGAUAUUGAAAGAAAGAAGAAAACAACAGCUGAAUUAUUGAAACUCACAAAAGAACAAGUUGAAAAGUUGCAGAAAAAGACUAAUGAAUUUGAUAUUCCAAAAGGGUCAAAACCUUAUAGCAGAUUUGAAGCUAUCAGUGCACAUAUAUGGAAAUGUGCAUCGAAAGCUCGCGAGCUUGAAGAGAAUCAACAAAGUGUUGUUAGAUUCAAUGUUGAAAUCAGGAAUAGAAUAAUUCCGAAUCUUCCUAAAACUUAUUAUGGGAAUGCUUUGAUUCAAACUUCGACAAGAGGGUAUAUCGGAGAAAUCACAUCAAAGCCGUUGAAUUAUAUUGCAAUGAAGAUAAGAGAAGCACAUGAGUUGAUAUCAAAUGAGUAUAUAAGGUCACAAAUUGAUGUUAUUAGAAGUUUUGAGAAUUUGGAUGAUGCAAGAAAAUUGUUUAUAGGUGGAGAAGGUAAGAAUGCAACAUUUUUUGGGAAUCCUAAUCUUCAUAUAACAAGUUGGAUGGCUUUGCCUGCAUAUAAAUCAGAUUUUGGGUGGGGAAAGCCAUUUUACUUUGGUUUAGGAUAUGUUUCACCACAUGAUAGGGGAAUAAUUUAUUUGAAUCCUAAUGGAGAUGGUUCUGUUAUUGUGUGUAUGCACUUUCAAGUUGCAUUGAUGCAGAUUUUCAAGAAGUUCUUUUAUGGGGAUAUAAAUGAGUUGUUCACAUCAGCAAAAUUGUGAUGAGGGUUUGUGUGGAAACUUUAUAUGUGAUCUCUAUUGUAAUCUACUCUAUUCAAUAAAGCUAUAUGAUAGUGUAGCGAAUAAAAAGAAUAUAAUGAUCUUUGAAUAUAAUAAAGCUAUAUUUUACUAUGUAUUUUGCUACUAGGAAUUUUUUAGGUGAAAAAGAAGCCUAUAUAGAAGAGAAUAUUUUGCUAUAUAUAGUAAUUACUUGAGUUCAAGUACCAAAAUUGUGUUUCAAAUAUGGUAGAAUUUGUGAUUCUUGAAGAUUCAUCUAAGGCUCUUAGAAUUAAAGAGAUCUUAUGACAUUCUCCUUUAAUAUCUUGGAUUAAAUGCAACUCAGGUGGAGCUGCUCAUGGUAGCCCUGACAAUGCAGCUUGUGGUGGUGUGUCCGAAGACUAUCAAGGGUUGGCAUCAUCUUUGGCUAGAAACUAAUUCACAACUUGUUACAUUGGCUUUCAAGCAACCUCAUAUUAUCUCGUGGACUCUUCAUAAUAGAUGGCGGAAUUGCAUGCAUCUUCCUUCACAAAUGGAUUUCAAAGUCACUCACAUUUUUAGAUAAAUGAAUUGUUGUGUUGCAGUCAACUCCUCAAAAGUUUAAAAAAUGUUAUUUUCUAUUGAAAACUUUCUUUUGUUAGUUUCCUUAACGAGUGUCCCGGGGCACCGGUUAACAUAACCAUAGUACCAAAAUUGUGGUAUAAAUAACAUCAUCUUUGAUUAUUUUUUUUCACCACCAGUUGAAUCUAGUUCGGAGUCAAUUCUGACAUCAAGUGGUUCCAACAUCCUAUUAAGUUUUCUUUAUCAACAUAUCCCUAUUUAAAAGAAAUGAAUAUUAUGACGGGAACAUGAACUAAUUAUUUCUCUUAAAUGAUAAAUUUGUAAAACAAUUAUCAAUUAUCAAUAAUUAUCAAUAAAUUUAAUAGUAGCAUUCAAUUUUCUCAUAGAUACCGUAAAAAAUUAGCCUUUAAAUUUUUCUAAUGGUAGUUAGCGUAUAGAUUCAUCCCACCUAGACUUUGAAAGCUGGCCAACCAAUGAUUCACUUGUAAAAGACAAGAACGUCAUAAUUAAAGUUUGUAAAAGUUAGCAUCUUUCCAAAGGAUAAUGUUGUUUUUUAGUAGUGUCUCGUGUCGGCAGCAUAAUUAUUGAACUUUGAAUGAUUGAAAAAUACAAACUAUUCAUAGUCACACAAUUAAGGCUUCUUACACCACUUUUCUACAUCUCCAUCCAAAUCAAAACAGAACCAAGAAACCUUAAAAGAACUCUCUCAAUAUGCAAAAGGAUCAAAUUUGAUUAUGGUGACUUUUCACAAUGAUAACAGUAACAUGAAAAAUUGAGACGGAUUGAUGCUCCUGGCAUAGUGUCACCAUCUCUAGUCACAUGAUUGGCAACAACCUUGAUUGGGAAAGAAUGCUACAUUUUUGGGGAAUCCUAAUCUUUCAUAUAACAAAUUGGAUGAGUUUUCCUGCAUACAAAGCUGAUUUUGGGUGGGGAAAGCCUUUCUAAUUUGGUAUAGGAUGUGUCUCAACAUGACAGGGGUUUGAUUCUUUUGAGUCCUGAUAGAGAUGAUUAAUGUAAUUGUGUGUAUGCAUUUUCAGGUUGGAUUGAUGCAACUUUUCAAGGAGUAAUUCUAUGAGGAUUUAUAUGAAUUGUUCACAUCAGCAAGAUUGUGAUGUAGAUUUGUAUGUAAGCUUUAUAUGUGAUCUGUAAUGUAAAUUAAUUUCUUCAAUAAAUAUGCUAGCUUAUGUUUAUUAAAAAACUGUUGCUUUUGUAUCUGUCUUCUUUUUAUUGGUUUAUAUAUCAGUUUAUGCAGAUAGUUGCAGAAUAAGA